AUGGCUCCGGACCCCAGCGGCCCCCGCAGCCUCCUGCUGCUCAGCUGCUGCCUUGCCGCUGCCCAUGCUGAAAUGAUGGGCCUGGAAUGGCUGUGGUCCCCUAGGAUUGUGGGACAGCCAGAGACACUGGCCUCCAAGCCCCCGAGCCGACCACCUGUGCAGCCCACUGUGGACCCCACCACGCAUGUGGACUCUACCACACACAUGGACCCCACCACACACGUGGCACUCCAGAAUGGCCUUACAGAGCAGACGAACGCCCCUGCCACCCUGGCUUCCAUCCCAAACAAGAAGGAGGAGAACAUUGCUGGCAUGGGAGCCAAGAUCCUGAACAUGGCCCAGGGCAUUCGGAGUUUCGUCCAGUUGUGGGAUGAUGGCACCAUCACAGAGAGUGCAGCCAGGAUGGAUACCUCGGUCUCCACAGCCCCCGUGGAACCCUCCACCCUUUCUUCAUCCUCAAGCACCCCUGCAGCCCCCAGCUCCCAGGACACCCUGGAGACUCAUCUUAGCACCCUGCCAGCACUCACUCAGGUGCUUCCCUCAUCGAGUGGGCCCCGGGCCCUUCUUAGGGGCCCCUCGAUGCUCCCACCAUCUCCAGGUACAGCUCCUCUUUCCUUCUGGAAGCCGCUCCCACGUCUGGACGGUGGAGAACUCCUGCCCGGCCAGCAGGACCAGCACACCAGCCUCCCCCACCGCGUGCCUCAUCUGCAUCCCUUGGUGAUGGGCUCUACUCAUGCUGUCUCCUCUGACUUCUCUGAUGCCCGCUCAGCCCAGCGUGGUAGGGGGGACCUGCUUGGUGACCCUGGUGGUGGGGGCAGCCAUAUGCAGAAGGACCACCCAGCCGAAUGGUCUCUGGUCACAGCUUUAAUCAGGGAUCUUGGUGAUUGGGGUUCUCACCUGGCUAAUUCCUCCAGUCCUGGUCUCGCUAAUGCCUCUGAACCACUUGCUGCUGCUGGGCCGUCUGCUGGCCGCUGCCGGCCUCUGCCACCCUCAAUGCUGCUCUGCCGACACUUGGGCAUUGGUCACACCCAGCUGCCCAACCACCUCGGCCAUGAGAGUGAUGAGGAGGUGAGGGUGGCCGCGCAGGCCUGGGGGGACCUCCUCCAGACGGGCUGCCACCACUUCCUGGGGUGGUUCUUCUGCCUGCUCUUGGCACCCCCCUGCGGCGCUGCCCCACCUCCUGGCCCGCCACCCUGCCGCCAGUUCUGCGAGGCCCUGGAAGACGCGUGCUGGAGCCACCUGGAGGGCGGCAGGCUGCCUGUGGCCUGUGCCUCUCUGCCUGCUCAGGAGGAUGGGCACUGUGUGUUCAUUGGGGCCGCAGAUAGUGCUGGUGCAGAGGAGGUGGGCCUCUUGCAGCUCCUUGGGGAUCCCCCGCCCCCACAAGUCACCCAGAUUGAGGACCCAGAUGUCGGCCCAGCCUAUGUCUUCGGUCCAGACGCCAAUAGUGGCCAGGUGGCUCGCUAUCACCUGCCCAAUCCCUUCUUCCGGGACUUCUCUCUCCUCUUCCACGUGAAGCCAGCUACAGAGGACGCAGGAGUGCUAUUUGCCGUCACAGACGAAACUCAGGCGGUGGUCCGAGUGGGCGUGAAGCUCUCAAGCGUGCAGAACCGGCAGCAGCACAUACAGCUCCUAUACACGGUGCCAGGCGCAGAGCGCACGCGCACGGCAGCCAGCUUCCGCCUGCCCUCCUUCACCAACCAGUGGACCCGCUUCUCGCUCAGUGUGGAGGGCGGCACUGCAGUGCUCUACGUGGACUGCGAGGAGAUCCAGAGGCUGCCCUUCCAACGUUCCCUGAGGGGCUUGGAGCUGGAGCCCGGUGCUGGCGUCUUUGUGGGUCAGGCUGGAGGGGCAGACCCCGACAAGUUUCAGGGGCUGAUUGCAGAGCUAAAAGUGAGUGGGGAUCCCCGGAUGAGCCCCCUGCAUUGCCUGGAGGAGGAUGAUGAUGAUACAGAUGGGGCAUCAGGAGAUUUUGGAAGUGGGCUCGAGGACAACCAGGAUGACCGCAUGCAAGAAUCGGGAUCUUCUCUGAAGCCUGGCCUGCCUGAGGCUCCACCGGUCACUUCUCCACCCUUGGCUGAAGGGAGCAACGUAGAAGAUACUAGAACUGAAGAAAUCGAGGAGGAAACUACAGUGCCUAUGCUAGGAGGGAGAGGGGUUGUGAUGAGGGUUGAAUCUCCAAAUAGUUCAAUAAAAGAGAAAGGUCUGAAGGGACAGAAGGGAGAACCAGGAGCCCAGGGCCUGCCUGGCCCACCUGGGCCCCAGGGUCACCCAGGCUCUGCUAUCCUGAGACCUGAUGGUCCUCCUUUACAGCCUGUCCCUGGGCCACAGGGACCCCCUGGGCCACCAGGGAGGGAUGGCACCCCAGGAAAGGACGGCGAGCCGGGAGACCCCGGUGAAGAUGGAAAGCAGGGUGACACUGGGCCUCAGGGCUUCCCAGGAACCCCAGGAGAGAUAGGUCCUAAGGGUGAGAAGGGGGACCCUGGGGUUGGACCACGUGGACCGCCAGGGCCCCAGGGGCCUCCAGGACCUCCAGGGCCAUCUUUCAGACAUGACAAGCUGACCUUCAUCGACAUGGAGGGGUCAGGGUUUGGCGGUGACCUGGAGACCCUCAGGGGCCCACGUGGCUUCCCUGGACCCCCUGGACCUCCUGGUGUCCCAGGCCUGCCCGGCGAGCCUGGCCGCUUUGGGGUGAACAGCACGGAUGUCCCAGGACCUGCAGGCCUCCCUGGGGUGCCUGGGAGAGAAGGCCCCCCCGGGCGUCCUGGUCUUCCAGGACCCCCAGGCCCUCCAGGAAAAGAAGGACAGCGAGGAGAGAAUGGCCAGAAAGGAAGCCUCGGUGAAGUGGGUGCCCCAGGACCUAAGGGAGAUCAGGGAGAGCCUGGCCCCAUUGGUGCUCCUGGGAAGAAUGGUGUGGCAGGAGCCCCUGGACCAGCUGGACCUCAAGGACCCCCAGGGCCCCCUGGGCCGCCUGGGCCCCCUGGACCAGGAUUUGCAGCAGGAUUUGACGACAUGGAAGGUUCUGGAAUGCCCUUCUGGUCAACAUCUGGAGGCUCCGUUGGGCCGCAGGGAACGAUCGGCCUGCCAGGACUCAAGGGAGAUCCUGGAAUGGCUGGGCCACCUGGAGUCAAGGGUGAAGUAGGACAGAAUGGUGCUCCUGGAUAUCCUGGUGUCCCUGGAAAAGAUGGUGCAGCUGGGCCGCAGGGACCAAAAGGAGAUAAAGGGAGUCAAGGAGAAAAGGGUGACCCAGGCAAGGAUGGCGUGGGGAAGCCUGGCCUUCCAGGACCCCCGGGACCCCCAGGACCUGUGGUCUACAUGUCGGUGGAGCAGGACAAGGCGAUAACAAGUGUGCCGGGACUCGAGGGCAGGCCGGGGUAUGCGGGCCUCCCCGGACCGGCUGGCCCAAAGGGUGACUUGGGCUCCAGAGGUGAGCCUGGCUUCCCAGGGCAGAAGGGUGAGAAGGGUGAGCCUGGCACCAUCUUCAACCCUGACGGCACCGUCUUGACCCCUGCCCAGAAAGGAGCCAAGGGCGAGCCAGGCUUCCGAGGACCUCCGGGCCCCUACGGACGACCUGGGCAUAAGGGCGAGAUUGGCUUUCCUGGGCGGCCGGGCCGCCCAGGGAUGAACGGUCUAAAGGGAGAGAAAGGGGAGCCUGGCAGUGCUGGUGCUGGAUUAAUGCAGUGUCCACCUGGACCCCCAGGCCCUCCAGGGCUCCCAGGCCCUCCUGGAAUGCCUGUCUACGACAGCAACGCAUUUGCCAACUCCGGCCGCCCAGGGCCUCCGGGAUUGCCAGGGUUCCAGGGACCUUCUGGACCAAAAGGCGACAAAGGAGAAGUGGGCCCCCCUGGACCCCCAGGGCAGUUCCCAUUUGACCUCCUCACCUUGGAGACUGAGAUGAAGGGUGAGAAGGGAGAUCGAGGGGACACUGGGCAGAAAGGAGAGAGGGGUGAACCAGGAGGUGGUGGAUUCUUCGGCUCCAGUGUGCCAGGCCCGCCUGGUCCUCCUGGACCACCAGGUUACCCUGGGAUUCCGGGUUCCAAGGGAGAGAGUGUUCGGGGUCAGCCUGGCCCACCAGGCCCUCAGGGACCCCCUGGCAUUGGCUAUGAGGGGCGCCAGGGACCUCCCGGGCCUCCUGGACCCCCAGGGCCCCCAGGACUCCCCUCGUUUCCUGGCCCUCACAGGCAGACCAUCAGUGUUCCUGGUCCUCCUGGCCCACCUGGCCCUCCAGGUCCCCCUGGAACCACAGGAGCAUCAUUGGGUGUGAGGAUCUGGGCCACAUACCAGACCAUGCUGAACAAGGUGCACGAGGUGCCCGAGGGCUGGCUCAUCUUCGUGGCUGAGAGGGAAGAGCUGUACGUCCGGGUCCGGAAUGGGUUCAGGAAGGUUCUGCUGGACGCCCGGACGCCCCUGCCACGUGGGACGGACAAUGAAGUGGCCGCUCUGCAGCCCCCUGUGCUACGUGAGGGCCUAUACUCCUGGCAGGAGCCCCCACGCUCUACAACACAGUCUGGCCGGCUGUAUGGCGUCCUGGCCAACCCUCCUCGCCUGACAGACCCCCAGCCCUACCCUGGAGUCUCUCACCAUGGCUCCUACACACACCUCCAGCCAGCUCGCCCCACCAUCACACCUGUCCACGUCCACGCCCAAGCCCAUGACCAUGCCCGGGACCACACUCACCAUGACUUCCAGCCAGUGCUCCACCUGAUCGCCCUCAAUGGGCCCCUCACGGGCGGCCUGCGCGGCAUCCGUGGCGCCGACUUCCAGUGCUUCCAGCAGGCGCGGGCCGUGGGCCUGACCGGUACCUUCCGCGCCUUCCUGUCCUCGCGGCUGCAGGACCUGCACAGCAUUGUGCGCCGUGCCGACCGCGAGAACGUGCCCAUCGUCAACCUCCAGGAUGAAGUGCUGUUCCCCAGCUGGGAGGCUUUGUUCUCCGGCUCCCAUGGUCAGUUGAGGCCUGGGGCCCGCAUCUUCUCCUUCGAUGGCAGAGACGUCCUGAGUCACCCUGCCUGGCCCCAGAAGAGCAUAUGGCAUGGCUCAGACCCCAGCGGGCGUCGUUUGAUCGAGAGCUACUGCGAGACAUGGAGGACAGAGAGCACGGCGGCCAUGGGCCAGGCCUCCUCGCUGCUGGCGGGCAGGCUGCUGGGGCAGAAGGCUGAGAGCUGCCACAAUGCUUUCAUCGUCCUGUGCAUUGAGAACAGCUUCAUGACUGCCUCCUCCUAG